AUCAUAAACAAAAUGAAUGUCUAAUGAAUGAAAAUUUACCUAACAAUUUUGUACAAACAUGUUUGUUUUUUUGUACUUCCUUGAUGAUUUUUAAUUUCAAAACUCUAUCAUUUCAAACUAUCUUGCCACCAAUCUCUAAUAUUCUAUCUCAAGCCAUGGCAUUCACCAACUUAGAGACUCAACCAAUUAAAGUCACUUUUCCCACCAAAAUCCAAUCCAUCAAAUGCCAUUGCUGUUGCUUCGUUGAGGAAUGCACCUCGGCCUACAUCCUUCGUGUCCAAGAAUGUUACCAGAGCUACUGAAUUUGCGGCCUCUGUGUCCAGGCCAUCAAAGACAUAGUGCAGAGAUCCCACACGACUGUCUCUAUCGAGGAAGUGCUAGAUUGACACAUCUGCUUCUAUAGGGAGUUUAGGGCCUCUUCUUCUCCUGCCAGAAUAGAACACCCAACCAUUGCCAUUAGUAGGCUUCUCCAUCUACAAAUUGAUAAUGCAAACAUUGGCUGGAAAUAUUAUAGAGUUAAUAUUAGUAAGGUUAAAUCCCGAUUUUGGUCCCUAAACUAUUGUACGGACCCCCGAUUUGGUCCUUGAACUAAAGAAAUCCCUGAUUUGGUCCCUAAACUAUUGUAUGGACCCUCGAUUUGGUCCCCAUUGUUUAUAAUUUGGCCUAAGUUGGUCCUUGAACUAUUGUACGGACCCCCAAUUUGGUCCUUACUGUUUACAAUUUCAUCACAAUUUGGUCUCUAAGCCAUUAUUUAACAGAAGAAUGAAGUUGGGGCUAAAUUGGUAAACAGUAAGAACUAAAAUGGGGAUCCUUAUAAUAGUUUACGGAUCAAUUUAGGGGUCUGUACAAUAGUUUAGGGACCAACUUAGGGGUCCGUACAAUAGUUCAAGGACCAAAUUAGGGAUUUCUUUAGUUCAAGGACCAAAUCGGGGGUCCAUACAAUAGUUAAGGGACCAAAAUAGGGGUUUAACCUAUUAGGGUUUAGUAAACAUGUUUAAAGACAACAACAAUUUGAUUGCUACUUCAAAUCCAAUUAAGCAAAUACUCAAAUCCUAAAAGAAUCUGAAAGAACAAAUGGAAAGGGAAAAAACAUACUGUAGACCCCACACAUAGAAUCAAACACCAAAAAAUCUUCCAAUAAAGAGAAAUGUAACGAUAUCUUAAACUUACUGAAUUAGUAUUGUGAAACAAAGGAGAUGUCAAGACUUUGAAGAGCAAAGAUCUAAAGAACCUAGAAAAAAAUUGAAAACCUAUGAAUCUGUAAGAAUAAAUUGAAAUAGAAAAU